CAUGGAGCCUGCCUGGGAUUUUCUCUCUCCCUCUUCCCCUCCCCUCUUUCUAAAAAACAAAACAAAAUAGGAGGAAGUGCUGACAUGAGCUACAACAGGGAUGGACUUUGAGGACAUCAUGUUCAGUGACAUAACCCAGUCCCAAAGGACAAAUCCUGUAUAAGUCUGCUUAUACGCAGGAGUCAGAUCCAAGGAGAAAGUUGAUGGUAAAUUUUAUAUGUGUGUGUGUGUUUUACCACAAAUGUAAAAAAAAAAGGAUUGUGGUACGUAACAGGUGUUCAGUAAAUGUCAGCUCCCCCUCUGAAUAAUAUUUUAUGUUAAUGUCACCAUUGUAAUCAAUACAUAUAUGAAAAAAAUCCCCUUCCCAACGACAUCUAGACAAGCGUCUGCGCGGGAGUCUGGGCCCGCUGCCCAGCUGGACACGUAACACUAUCCCCCCUGCCUCUCCCAGCAGGCCCCUGCUGUAGUUCCCCACCCGCUUCCUUCCUCACAUGUUGUGGUUUGGGCUUAUAGAUGUGACUAGUGUCAUUGAAAUGUUUCUGACUCCUGUCCUAGUUUGAGAUUUUCAAGGGAAGGGAGUGCGAAAGUCUUUUCUCAUCAGCACAAGCCUGAAACCAGGACCAGACAGAGCAGCCAGGGCUAAGCAGCUCCAGUGCCAGCGUGCAGUGUUCUCCCCACCGGCCACGGACAUGACGGAGCGCCUGACAGCCGAGCAGAUCAAGGAGUACAAGGGGGUCUUUGAGAUGUUCGACGAGGAAGGCAACGGGGAGGUGAAGACUGGUGAGCUGGAGCGGCUCAUGAGCCUGCUGGGGAUCAACCCCACCAAGAGUGAGCUGGCCUCCAUGGCCAAGGACGUGGACAGAGACAACAAAGGAUUCUUCAACUGUGACAGCUUCCUGGCCCUGAUGGGGAUUUAUUGGGAGAAGGCCCAGAACCAGGAGGGCGAGCUGAGGGCAGCGUUCCGUGUCUUCGACAAGGAAGGCAAGGGCUACAUCGACUGGGACACGCUCAAGUACGUGCUCAUGAAUGCAGGGGAGCCCCUCAAUGAGGUAGAGGCCGAGCAGAUGAUGAAGGAGGCUGACAAGGAUGGGGAUGGGACCAUUGACUACGAGGAGUUUGUGGCCAUGAUGACCGGAGAGUCCUUCAAGCUGGUCCAAUAGGAGCAGGUGCUGUGGCCAUGGAAGGCCUGCACGAAGAAGGCCACUGCCUGCUGCUGCCCACAGCACUGCCCCCACUGCCACCUACCUUGCCACCCCCCACCCUGCCCUACUCUGGCCAAUAAACGCUCCAGCCAGA